GAUGCAUUUGUCCCCUGGUUUCAUCAUACCCAACACGUGUCUGAGUUAUCUUUUUUCUGCAGGAGAGCAAUUGAGAGCUGCACUGAAGGAAGUGACUAUGGGGAAUACAAUGAGUGUCCCAGAGGAAGCUGAAGAAGACAAUAUGUGCACGGUAAAGAGCUAUCAGGCUCUAUCUGAAUCUCCUGACAAUAUUAAAAAUGGAUCUGCAGCAUUUGUUCAGACUCAUUCUCCUGCAAUGAAUGGUGAAGUGGAUGCAAAGGCAAGUGUUGCACGGGAUAAUGUGGCCGUUUCUUCCCCAAAGACAAUGGAGCAGAGCCCCGUUCCCGACGCGGGCGGGCAGAGUCUCGGGAGCGCUGCCAGGAGAGCUCUGCCAUCUGCUAAAUCCCGCUCUGUCUUUGCGUUUUCAUGGUCUGUACCAGGGCGUACUGAAGAUCCAGCUACAGAUUCAUCGGUUGGAUCGGCGAAACUUGAUGUCAGCUCAGAGGCGCCCGGAGUGAACAAAGCACCAAGUGACAGCGUGGAGGUUCCCGCGGCAGCUGCGCGGGAGGAAGGCACGCAUAAAAACCUGACCCGGGCCCCGGCAGCAGCAUCGCUUCGUGACAUCGAUCUCACGGCCUCAGUGACACCUGAGGGAGGGGAUGCGGCUGCCUCAAAGCCGAAACAAGUAACCUUCUUUGACAGGAUCUUCAAACUGGAGAAGGGAAAGGAAAGGAGUAAAACGCAAAUUGAUACCCAGGAGGAAAGGCAGACUUCAGACCUUCCUGACGGGUGCAUCACAGCGAAAGAGGCUGCUGGAUUACAGAGCACAUCAAACAGUGUCCCGCAGGGGAAGGAGAUACAUGACUGCAACCAAAAAGACCUACGGCAGGACUCGGCAGGUGUCAGUGGUCUCGCUGCUGAGCAACCUGAAAAAGCAGAGGUAAAACCAGACAACCCCCAAGCAGCUGCUGCAGUAGAUAACUCCGUCAUGAGUUUCCUUAAAACACUGGUUUCCCCAAGUAAAGCUGAAGCCAAAAGUGAUUCUGAAGACAAGGGAUCGAAAGCGGAAAAAGGCCAUGGUGGGCAACCUGCUCCGAAGACAGCGGCAGAAUCCCAAACUAAAGGAGCCAAGAAAAAGAAGGCAGAGAGUCCCAAGCUAGGACACAGUACAUUUAGUAAACUCUUUAGGCAUAAGGCUGCAAAAGAGACCCAACAGACAACUAAUACCAAAAGCACUGAACAGCAGCCUGUUACCUCUGUAAAAUCAGACAAAAACGUCCCUUCCUCUCAAGAGCCGCAGACAACUAAGCAGAAUAUAAAAGUCGCCGAGCCUGCAGCCCAACAGCAGGCAGCGGCCAGUGAAGCCCCCAAAGAGGUGACGAAGGAGAAAGCAUCAUCCACUCCUAUGCCACUGAGCAAGCUCUUUUGGAAAAAGAACGCAUCAGAAGAAGCAGAGAUCAUAAGCAAUGAAAAAGCGGACGCGUCUUUAGAAGCAGGGGCUCCUGACAAAGGUGAGAGUAAGAGCCCAGAAGCUGCAGAAGUGAAACCUAGAAGAGAAGAGAGUAAAACCCCCAAAGCAAACCUGAGGAAGUUUUUUAAACUGUCAGUCAAGGGUGAUGGAGGGACAACCAGUUCAGAAGAGGUAAAUGGCCCAAGCCCCUGUCACCAAACAUUAAACUCUACAGAGAAGCCAGUUGCCCCAGCUGAAAGUGAACCUGUGGGCCAAAAGAGCAAAGAGAGUUCAAAAGACAAGAAGUCUACAGUGGAGCUGAGCAAGCAGAAAGGCAGCAAACAGGAAACCAGGGAGCAGCCAGACUCCCGGGAGCAGCAAGCAGCCGAGACCGACUCCAUCCAGAACGGAGGAGAUGCUUCAAAGGAACCCUCCUUCAAGAAGACAGAGAAGAGGCAGUCACUUGGAGGGUUUUUUAAGGGCCUUGGUUCCAAAAGGAUGUCUGAUGCUGAAGUGCAAACAGAUCCAGUGUCUAUCCUACCUGCUGGGAAAUCCAAGUAAUGAAUACACUUGGCUGCUGAAGGAUCAGCAGCUCUCUGUAAACUCCCUUGCAGUAGAGAUGACUCAUUAUUCUCCUUUACAUGGCUGUCAUCAAAUGCCCGAGGCUAAAGCAAACAUUGGUGUAUUAUUUAAGGUAUAUCAUUUACAGGGUUCGUUCAUUAAAUGUUAGAAAGCAACUCUAAAGAUCAUCAAGCAAUGUGUAGUAUAUUUAAAGAAAGGUCAUGUGGAUGAUUUUAAGUCUAUAGAGGGUAGAGUACGUAAGGUAAGAAAGUGGCAGUGAAUUAAAUAAAUGGCAGAAAAAAAUGCAUGUGACAAAGGAAUGCAGUUUGUGCGGCAAGGCAUGAGCAACAAAUCCUCAGCUUUAGAGAGCUUUAAAGCAGCCAGGAAAAAAAAAAAAUCUCCUUUGAUAAAUGUUAUACUUAAAUGUAAAAACAACCAAGUCACCUUUUGUGGUUUUCAAUAGAGCUGAAAUUAGCAAAAAGUCUGCAGUAUAAUAGAAUCAAUGGUGAUAAAGUUAUGCUUCAUAUUGGUUAUUAAUGUAAAUUAAAAUGCUAAAAUGCAAAGGCUUUACAUGAUUGAGACAACUUCUCUCUUGGCUUGGUGAGGUGGAAUAACAAAUUAAAAACUAUUUAAGGUUCUAAUAGGAACACAAGGGGGCACCCGCGUCCCCACCGUAGUCCUAACUUCAAGGCUGUACCUACAAUCCUGUUAUUAAUGUUUUUCAGAUGAUAGGAAACUUAGUUGUUUCAUCAGAUAUUUGUUUAUAUCCAUACUUGUAAUUAAUUCUAAUAAAAACCAAAAUCCAGGCACGUCCCUGCUUUACAAGACUCCUGUAAUAACUGUAGUUAAUAAAUUUUACAGAAAAUUAAGAUUUCUGUGGUUUAUUCAACCCUGGGCUAACCUAGACAGGGAAAUGUGGGCCUGACAUUUUAAUCCACAUUAGCAUCUGAAUGAUACAGUACUGUAUAUUUUGACCUCCUUAUGAUGAAAUAAACAACUACUUAUCCUUUCAAAAAAAUCAUUUGCUGCUUUAAUCUUAAAACAAAGUUUGUUAUUUACAUCCCUGUUUUCUGAUGAUUGAUGUGACAUUAAGGCAUAAAUCAGCACAUAAAAACCCUGUCUGCGGAGUGAAUAGCUGUCAUUCUUUCUUUAUGUGAGUAAAGAUUAAAACUGGAAAUCAAGUGAGAAUUCUGUAAAAUCUGCAGAAUUACAUUUCUAACUAGUCAUAGAAGACAGAGGUAAAAAAGCCUUGUUUCUCUGUACAAGCCAUUGUAGGUAGAUGGUAUUUUUUCACUGGCCUCUGCAAACCUGUGGACUUGCAACAGACAACCAAAACUUGCUGCUGGUUCUAUGCGCAGGAGCACAGACAAAAGGUCCUUUAGUUAUAAUAGUACUUUCUGUUCUCCUCCCUAGCACAAUGGGCCUUUGAUGCCAUAUAAAGUGAUAGCAAUCAAGAGUGACUGCUUACAGAUUUCAAAUCUGAUUUGUAAUGACCUACAUCUGUGUAGGACCGGUGACUUCUGUACAUCCCCAUUUACGGUAGCAUGAGAGAAGAUUUGGGCUUGUUAUAUCCAGCUUUGCUCCACAAAAAGGUCUUAGGCUUUGUCUACACUGCAAGAGUAUACAGCUUUAAUUAAAUCAAUGCAUGUAAAGCUACAUACAGUGAGACAACCACCAUGGUUACAUGCUGGUAUGAAAGUGCCAGAUGUCAGCAUAGUAAGUGUUAUCAGAAAAGAGGAAUAAGCUAUCAUGCUAUUUGCUGACUUCAUACUGCUGUAAUUGCCUCUGUAUUAGAAUAGUAUUUAAGCAAUUUUCAAAUAAAAAUAUGCUCUGGCUAAUUCAUUA